AUGAAAGGUCUUAUUUUAGCGAUUUUUUCGCUGGGCAUAGUAAGCGUUUACGCAGAUUGGCCACAAUGCGACAAUCAACCCCAUGGAAGAAUGGUUCGCCAUCCUGACACAUGCCGAAAAUAUAUUGUAUGUGAAAAUGGUGGCGUUGAAAUGACAUGCCCAGCUAAUCUUCAUUUCAAUGAAGAACACCAAACUUGUGAUUAUCCUGAAAGAGCAGGUUGCGAUGGAAACCCAGGACCAGGACCCGGGCCAGGACCAGGCCCAGGACCCGGUCCAGGACCAGGCCCAGGACCAUGCCCACCUUGCCCAAACCCAUGUCCAAAUCCAUGCCCAAAUCCAUGCCCAAAUCCAUGCUGCUGCUGCUGUUGCAAUGAAUGUGGUUCAACAACAACAAAAAAACCAACAACAUCAAGAACAACUUCAAGGACAACUUCAAGAACAACUACAAGAACAACAACAACACGAGGUCCAAUCACAACACCACAACCAUGUCCACCAUGUCCUGAUCCAUGUCCUAAACCAUGUCCUGAUCCAUGCCCAAAACCAUGUUUUAAUCAACGUCUUCGUUCAAUCGCUUCAAAAAUGUAA